CCGGGAUAGAGAAGUCAAAUGCGCCCGUGUACGUCCUCUCUCUCUCUCUCUCCACUUGCAAGUCAAUCAGCGCAGCGAGCCGGCGACGUGAUUGGUAUUACACCACCGUCAGCAGCAAGCGGCAGGUCUUCCUUCAUCGCUGUGUCAACGCGCGUUGCUCAACGUCCGUUUUGAUCGGGCUUGAAAUUAAUUUCCAAACUCACGCAAGAAAGAGAGAGAGGGAUAGACAGGGACUCCCGGUAGCACGUGCCCUGCGUGCAGCUACUGUCAGCGCGAGUGGCCUGGGUAUCAUCCGGUGGGUGGGGGUCUGCCUGCCUGGGCAGCAGCAGCAGCAGUCCGCCUCCUUCGGCACGUGGGACUGGAGGAGCGCGCGCACUCGGGAGCCAUCCGUCGAGUCCAGGUGCAACUCUCAUUGUAGGUCCUGGGACCCCCCCUUCUGGAGCAUUCCGGAGCGCUCCAAGGGACCCCGGAGUGAUUGGGAGCGUCGAGAAGUGUUCCAAAAGAUAACGCGAGCGAUCAAAAGUGUUCCAAAACCACAACCGAAGCUUUUCGAAGGUUUCGGCGGUGACACUGCAUCUUCAAGAGGCGCUUCAGAAGAUACAGCGGCGUUGAAGGACGUUUGCAUGAUCAAGGAGCGUUCCGGGCGAUUCAGGAAUAAAGCGUAAAAAGUGUUCAAGAGUGUUUUAGAAGAUCCACGAGCGUUCAAGAGUGUUUCAAGAGACACACCGGCAUCGGAGAGCCUUCGACUGGAUUAAACAAAACAUAAGCGAAUGGGGAGAUAUUGAAACGUCUUCCAGAGAGCACAGAAGCAUUGCGGGGCAUUCCAGAGCGUUCGGGAGUGAUACGGAGGUUGAUCAAGAGGUCCUUCGGAGUCCUCUCAGAGAGUUCAAGAGGAGCCCUCGCCAGAGAAAGGAAGAAGGCAGAAGACCCGAACUCUCCCACUUCUGCCUGCAGGUUUUAACUUGCUCCCCACGUGCUCCGUGAGGCCUCUGCUCCCCGCGUGCUCCGUCAACCCCCGCUGCUCCCCACGUGCUCCUUGAGGCCUCUGCUCCCUGCGUCCUCCGUCAACCCCCGCUGCUCUCCACGUGCUCCGUGAGGCCUCUGCUCCCCACGUGCUCCGUCAACCCCCGCUGCUCCCCACGUGCUCCUUGAGGCCUCUGCUCCCCGCGUGCUCCGUCAACCCCCGCUGCUCCCCACGUGCUCCUUGAGGCCUCUGCUCCCUGCGUCCUCCGUCAACCCCCGCUGCUCUCCACGUGCUCCGUGAGGCCUCUGCUCCCCACGUGCUCCGUCAACCCGGCUCCUCCUCACGUGCUCCGUGAGGCUUCUGCUCUCCGCGUGCUCCGUCAACCCCCGGACCCACAGACCCCGACCCCUUUGCGUGGCUUCGCGUGGAUUAAAUUCAACCGCACCCGACAGGGAUCGUGGGUGCGGUGGCAUCGUCGGUUUUGAUUUAAAAAAUGAACUCCGUCUUCGACUUGAAAACGAUGGAGGUUUGAAAUCGCCCCUGGCUACUCAACAAAGACAGACGGACCGACGAGGAGAGGAGAGGAGCGAGCGAGCGGGAGAGAGAAAGGCUGAUGCUGUGAGAGGAGGGAUUGGAGCCAGGCAUGGCUCACAGACUUUACGCUCUGCGAGUCGUACUGCUUACGAUGCUACACGGAGCCGUGGCGCAGCAGUCGUUUGACACAGAGGAAGUGCCAAGAGGAGGCAGCAAUGAAGCGGUGCCAUUCCGCGCAGUGUGGGAGCGCAGCUUCUGCCGCGCCAUGGAGGUGCUGGUGCCCGUGUCGGCCGAGCGGCCGCGGGACGUGGAGCAUCUCUUCAAGCCGCCCUGCGUGCGCCUCCUGCGCUGCGCCGGCUGUUGCGGGGACGAGCGGCUCCAGUGCUUGCCCACGCGUACGCACAACACCACCAUGCAGAUUCUAAAGGUGAAGCCGCUGCAUGGGCAGUAUUUGGAAGAGAUGACGUUUGUGCAGCACAGUGCGUGUGAGUGCAGACAAGUAACGAGCAGAGGAAAAUCAGAGAGAGCGCGGGAGCCUGAAUCAAGGAAAGAGCGACGAGAGAGGAGGAAGGAACGGCAGCGGAAGGAGGGAGCCAAAACAAGCAGCAGCAGUAGCAGCAGCAGCAGCACGUGCCCCCCGUGCGUCGGGCGCAGGCGCAGCCUCUUCUCGCAGGACCCGCGCACGUGCGCGUGCACGUGCCUGCUGCCCGCGGCGCGCUGCCUGCAACGCGGCCGGCUCCUCAACACGAGCAGCUGCAGGUGCGAGAGGCCCAGAUGAUCAUUCCCUCCAUCUGCGCCUCACUCUCUCUCUCCACCACAUUUUAUAAAUAUAUUUAAGCUGCCAGAGAGAGAGAAGGAGAGAGUGGAAGAGUGCCCCAGAAGGCAUAUUUAUUGCAAGGGCAAAAAUAACUUUGAUACGAUCAGACUGGAUCAUCAGGCACCUCCUGAGCCCUGAGAAGAGUUGUGAAAUCUCACUACUCUGCAAUUGAAGAUAUUGAGCUUCUGGGGCAAAGGGACAAGAGGGCCUGGAUGGUACACGGGACUGCUAUGACCCAUGGGACCUGGAUGAGAAUUGGGGUAUGGAUGAGCAUUGGGGGCUAAAAAUGACCCAUGGAGCCUGAGAAUGUUCACCUGAAUAACAAUCAAGGCAUGAGAGCCACGGGGCCUGAAUGAGAAUUGAAUCCGGAGAAUUGGGGCCCCGAUGCGGCCUGAUUAACAAUGGCAUCUGAACAAUGAGGCAUGGAUGAAAAUUGGAGCUUGUAAUAAGCCAUGAAGAACCCCCCCCCCACCCGCCCCUAACAAUGGCAUCUGGAUGAACAAUGGCGUCAGGAUCAAAAUUGUCAUCUGGACGAACAAUGGGGUUUGGAUGACAAUCGGCAUCUGGAUGAACAAUGAAUAACUGGAUAAACGAAGUCCAGAGAGGACAGCAUGUGAGAUGCGGUGUGGAGCACCCGGCCCAUGCCAUCCAUUGAGUGAAAGAUCACAAUAUGGACUUCGAGACUUUCAGAGGGGUCUGAGGGUCUGCACAAGCAUGUAUGUGGCUGAACAUUGAUUAUGGGACUUUGCAAACGAUGGACGAAUGGAAGGCUGCGGUUUUUUUUUUUAUAUCUGACAUGCGUCCUGUCCUUCUCGACUGGAACACGGAGUUCCGGGAGGGCUUUGUAACAGCUGGGUGUGGGGUCACGGAAGGACACCGGGACUCAUGUUGUCCUCUCCGAUUAUCCCACUUAUGCCUGUUAUGAUUCCUUUACCCCUCACACCACAUCGGCAUCCCACUUCCCUCCAUGAUUAAAAAAAUAUAUACAUUCAGGAGCUUACGAUGUGCAGCUUUAUUUAAAAUUUACGUCACCAAAAUAAUUAUUUUCAACCUUAAAAAAAAGAAAUGAUGAUUGUUAUUCCACAGAAUUAUUCCACUCCCACACAUCUCCCAGCACGUCCACCCACACACUUCCUACACAGCAGCAUUGUAAAUAAUCACGAAUAAAGAAAAACGUGUCUCCUGAAACGUGAACCCUUGCGUCUUGUUAAAUGGUGCCUAUGUGGGUUAAUCACCGUGACUGCCAUCAUCAUCAACACCGUUAGUUAUCAACCUCCUCCAUUGUCAUCUUCAUCACCACCAUCAUCACCACAAAACACAUUCAUCAUCAUUGUAGUCACCCACUACUGCCAUCAUAACAAUCAUCAUCAGCAUGAUCAUCACCACCAGCGUCAUUGAACGUUAUCAUAAGCAGCAGUAAGCAGUAACAGCAGCAGAACCAUCAGCCUUCUGUACUUUCAAUAACUGAAUAUUGUUAUCAUUAUCAUCAUCAUCAUCAUAUCCAAAUUUAUUACGAGAUUAAUGUUCCAAUCACCGUUUUCAAUAUUGCUCCCUGCCACGCACUCUCCUACCUCCCUCUCCCCUCUCAUUUCACUCCUGUGUUCAACACUCAUUAUCUUACCUCCCCCGUUCUCAUAUCGCCCAUCUCUUCUGUCAAAGCCCCCAAGUUGACCUUUGCUCAGUGGGAGGUCGCUCAUUCUCCUUUGCUGGCCCCACGGUCUGGCAUCCCCCUUCACCAGCCAUCUGUGAUGUCGACUCCCCUGUCCUUGUUCAAUUCCAAGCUCAAUGUCUAUUUAUUCUGGCCAUGUCUGCCUAUAUCAGAGGCCGGCGACCAAAAUAAGAGCCAUUUUUUUGGAAUUAGGUAAAAAAAACUCAAAAUGUCAAGAGCCGAAAUCCCACGUGGUGAA